AUGACUGGCAUCGCAGGGCCCAGCCAAGCCACCGAACCCAACGGGACCGAUUAUGGUGAGUCGAGGUGGAAAAAGCAAUACGGUGGAUCCCUUUUUGUCUAUUCGCCCAUGGUAUCCCUUGGUGUCCUAUCCUGGCAAUCCAUCCAUCCAUCUGUCUAUCCAUCCACCUAUGACUUUGGGAGCGCGUUGUGCUGCCCCUGCACAGCGCUGAGACAGGGAUCCGUCAGCGCCCGUUUCCACUCUCACGAAUCACACUCUGAGCCUGACUCCUGGCCGCCCCCCAAUUGCGUCAGCUCUGGCAGCCAACGUCGCCGCGAUGAUCGAUUUCCCGCAAGUCAACAUUUUGGGUGGCGAGUGGAUUCCAGACAGGUGCAGGCGUGUCCAAUCGAUGGAGGUAUUUACAGUGCGUUGGGGCCGCAUCUAACACAGUGUCCGUGCGCCACAUUUCCCCACUUCACCCUCCUCCUGGCGCCAUGUUUUCCCAUUCCGAUGCUCACCCUCUCGCCCACACACACACAUUUCUGGCUCCCACACACCACAACAGAAGAUGUACACGCCCAUUUUUACCCACACCACCACCACCCACCAUCCGUCCCGCCCAUCGCCGGCCAUCCCCAGCAGAAAAAAGCUCCAGUCAAUCAGCUCGCCGCCUGGUACUCUGCUCGACGCUCCAGCACUGUAAGGUACCACCGCCGAGUACCCACCGCAGCCAGACCACACCAAACAGGCCCUACAGAGACAAGACCACCAGUCUCCCAGGACGCCCCCCUGUUGCUCGAUCCCUCUUCUGUCUGCGCUGUCGGCCGUGAACGAACGAACGAACGCUCUCUGGCUCACUCGCUCCGCUCCCACACCACGCCCGCCGCCGUCUCCACCUCCGUACAUCACCGACCGGGAACCCAGCCCACCAGCUAAAUCCCCCCCCCAAAAAACACACGACCUCGCUCUUUACCUUUCUCCACUCCCUCGACCCAGUCGCUAUCUCAUCU